UUUAUUCAAAUAUAAUAAUGAGGAUGUAGUUGAGCUCGUAUGCGGGGGAACUCUCAUUCACAAACUGGCGUGCGUCUAGGAGAACAUAGUACAUCAAGGUACUACGCAGUGACCAAGGCCUUUCGGAACAAGAACUUCAAAACUUAUGACUACAGCAACGAUAUAGGGCUACUUCAAAUACAACCAGAGGUGCAGUUUAAUGCUUUCAUCAGACCCGUGUGCAUCAUCACGGAUCCCACAAAAGUGCCCAAUGUCAAAACCUUCCGGGCUGCCGGUUGGGGAAGAACGGAAAACGAGAAAGUUUCGAGCGUGCUGAGAACCGUAGAGUUGAACGAACUGAAUGCAACCGAGUGCUACAAUUUAUUUGGGAUGAACUUACUCGAGAGCCAGAUCUGCGCAGGACAUCCGAACGGGGACACCUGUGAGGGUGACUCUGGAGGUCCGUUGGUUCAUCAGAUGAAUAUGGAGGGGUCUCUGCGGUACGUGCAACUCGGAAUCACAAGUUUUGGAAGGUCGGAUUGCCGCAAUGGAGGAGUUUAUACCCGGAUAUCAAGCUUUAUUGACUGGAUUCUUAUGGUGGUAAACACCUACGCGGUACGCAGUCCUCCGAAGAUCCAGUUUCGAGGAGGAUCUUUCGGUAAAUAA